ACGGCAGCUCCACAGUCAGUGAUGGUAAGCGCUCAGUUUGAUGUCGCUACAGACUUAACUCAGAGAAAAAACACCUUAAAAUCAGCGAGACGACUCUCAAAACUAUUACCCCGCUCACUUCAGUUCACUAAUCAGAGCUGCAAGGAGCUGAUUUCACUUUCAGAAAGGGGUGAAAAAAAGAGACAUUAGAGAGACAGAGAAGGGCGUUACAGAGAGCCAAGCGAGCAGACAAGCUGCUGCUGCAAGGGGAGGCAGAGGAGGCUAUGCACCAGCCGAAGCCAGAGGUCAAGAAAAAAAGUGAAAAAAUAGUCAAAAGGUAGACUAGGGUCAUUUGUGAUCUGAGCCACACAUCGAGAAACGAUCCUCGCAUUGUUGUUGUUGAGUGAGCAACCGAGUGAGGAGGAGGAUGUGAAGGAGGUGUAGCUGAGAGGCGACAUCAAGAAAGGAAAGGAAACAAGGAAAUGCUCUCAGAGAAGAUGUGCAGGAGUAUCUGCGAACACCCCAAGCUGCUGCAGGACGGGAACGAGGCUCUGCAGAGGGACGGCCGCAAGAAGCACGGCUGGUCCAAGAGCUGCAGGGGGCGCCUGCAGGGGCGGAGGAUGAGCAGAGGAGGGUGGCCGAAAGGGCGCAACCACCACCACUAUCACCAUCAUCAACAUCACCACCACCAUCAUCAUCCCCGACACCACCAGAAGCCGGCGCUGUCCCUUCGUCCCGUCAACGUGAAGGGGAAGAGGGUGAGGGGGAUGCAGGCCCCCAAGAACACCAACCAGUUUUUGAUGCAUGAGAAGUACGAGAUGCUGCACAUGCGCUGUGACUCAGUGGGGAGCGAUAGCGGCUGCAGCUCCGACAGCGACAUGGAGCUGACGGACAUGGACUCAUACCUGGGCGUCCUGGAGAAUGCCAGAGGAGCCCUCUUGGACAGUCCCAACCCAUACGGCUCAACAUCGCCUCCGGGACCGUUUGUGGUACUGCACGAGGACCCUCUGUGCAUGCACGAGGGCAGCUUGCUUCUGCAUGAAAGCAGUCUGCGUCUCCAAGAGGAGAGCAUGCAAUAUUUCCCCUCUGAAGACGACCUUAUGCAGAGCCAGAAUUUCAUGCAAAAGGACUUUGUUGAGUUCUAUGACAUCCUGACACCCUGAAGGGAAACUUUCAGGCGGACAUUUUGUUUUCACCAAGACUGAACCUGCUCAGGUUUGUCCUGCUUUAUGUUCACAGAAAGAAAAGUCUCCUUUCUACUUCUUUUUUAACGACAGGCAGCCUUAACAUCUGGAGAAUUUGCUUGCAGGAUGGAAUGAUUCAACUGGUUUCCAGCAGAAAUUAACUUAUUUUUUUUUAAACUGAGUGUAAUUCUUUUUUUCAGUCAUUCCUGCAAAGCACUGCCUCUUUGUAUUUUUGAGAUACUGGCACUGAUGUUUAGAGGACAAGAACCGCACUCACAAUAGGUUAAAUUGUCUCACUCCGCUGGUAUUCUUCCAGGUUUAAAACGUAACUUUAGCGGAUUCCUGUCUUAAAUUGCGUUAAGACGGUUUAUUUUUUCCUGUUGUUGACUGGUUAAUGUGUGGUUAUGUACCGUGUGUCUGGGUGCUGUAAAGUGCUUCCUUUCUGUUAUUGUUGUUAUACACAAAGGGAAAUGGGCUGGAUGGUGGGAGUGAACCCAAACAGCCAAUCGGCUUCGAGCUGACUGGAUUAGGCUUGAGGUGAUUGGCUGAUGAACAUUGUCUGUGACAAAAGCAUUUGGCUGUAAAGAAUAAAACAAAAACCCAAUAAAUAUCUGAAUAAUAUAAA